CAUCUGAAAGAAGGGACAUUAUCAAGGGAAUAUUCUUAGAACUUUUUAUUCUUUUUUUCCUCUUUUCAUUUUUCAGAAAAUGUCAUUUUCAGCCGCAUUCGGUGAAAUGUCCAGUUCAGACACUUUCUCAUCUCUAGCUCAAAGAAGUGCUUAUGAUGAUAAAGAUACUGAUAUAUCUCAAAAUGAAAGUCAUAAAAUGAAGGGAGAAGUUCACAGUCAUUUAGAAAAGAGCAUUCGUCCAUACAUUGAUCUGAUUGACACUCUGCGGACAAUUGGCAUUCAGAAGGACUUAGAAUUACCAACUAUUGCAGUGAUUGGAGACCAGAGUUCUGGAAAAAGCUCUGUGUUGGAAGCGCUGUCUGGAGUUGCUUUACCAAGAGGAAGCGGAAUUGUCACCAGAUGUCCAUUAGAGUUAAGGCUGAAGAAGGUACCAGGAAUCAAAUGGAAGGCUGUUUUAACUUACAAUAACAAAACAGGUCCUAUUAAAGCCAGUCAACUGGCGAGUGUAAAGGCAGCACAGUCAACUCACAAUGAGAAGAGAAUUGAAUUUUCAGAUCCUUCAUUAGUUGAAAAACAUGUUGCAGCAGCCCAGAAUGAGCUGGCAGGUAGAGGGGUAGGAAUAUCUGAUGAGCUCAUCACUUUAGAGAUCAUGUCACCAGAUGUGUGUGACCUCACACUGAUCGAUCUACCUGGAAUCGCUCGAGUCCCAGUGGAAGGACAACCAGAGGAUAUUGGAAAACAGAUCAAACGUCUGAUCAUGACAUAUAUUAAGAGGCUUGAGACUAUAAACCUGGUUGUGGUCCCUUGUAACUCUGACAUUGCAACAACAGAAGCCUUAAAGAUGGCACAAGAAGUAGAUCCUGAUGGCAUAAGAACAGUCGCCAUUUUGACCAAGCCAGACCUCAUAGACAAGGGAACAGAGAAGAACAUUCUGGCCAUUGUCUACAACAAAGUGAUUCCUCUCCGCAAAGGUUACAUCAUGGUGAAGUGUAGAGGACAACAGCAGAUCGAUGAUAAAAUUUCUCUAGAGGAGGCGGCACAAAUGGAGAGAGAUUUCUUCCAAAACCAUGACUAUUUCAGAUGCCUCUUGGAAGAGGAUAAAGUGACUAUUAAAUCCCUUGCCAUCAAACUGACUAACGAUCUUGUUGAUCAUAUCAAAAAAUCACUGCCACAGCUCCAUAAGCAAGUAAAAAACCAGUUGUGGAGUGUGAAGAGUGCACUUAAGAACUAUGAGGAUGGACCUCCAGAAGACCAUGACAAAGCCAAGGAUUUCCUCAUUAAAGUAGGACCUCAAGACAUCAAGUCUUCUUGAUUCUGAAAAUUAUAAUUAUGGCUUCAAGCAUCAAAACAUUUCUUGAACAGAAUAUGCAUCUUGUGAUACAGACAGUUCAUGAAAUUAGCUGCCCCUUAAAAAUAGAUAAACUUAGAAUUCAGAAGUCAGAACAGGUUAUAACCUCACAAAUUCUGAGAAAGAAAAGGUUUUUAUUGCAAGAUAUAAACUGCAAUAGUGAUUAAUAAUGUUGCAAUUACAAGCAAUUUUUACGAGCAUGUCUCAUUCUGAUUCAUUAGAUGUUCGCUGUUAACAGCCCCUGAAAAUCCUCUGUUUACAUAAUACCUCUUUUACCUUCCCAACAAUUCCUGAAUAAUGGUAAUGUAACAGG